AUGGGCGGGUUGAGCAAGCUCCCGCAGGAGCUGACGGACCACAUCACGGGCCACAUCGUGAGAAGACAGGACUUGAGCUCCCUCAGCAAAUGCAGUCGUAGCCUCUACUGGGCAGUUUCGGACGCCUUGUUUACCCGGGCCUUCAUCCAGCUGGCAGAGUCCAAGGGCCUUCAUCACGCUCUUUCAACCGUCUUUGUUCACGCGGCCAAGCUCGAUUCGCAGAACUUGAUGCAAUGGGCCAUCUUCAGCAAGCAUGCUUCACAGCUUAGAGGGUCAUUCAAUCCCAUGGACAAUAUUGAUAUUGUUCAGGCCGCGCUGCUCUAUGAUGCACCCAAGAUGGCUACUUUUCUCUUCAAGAACGGCGUCAAUCUCGACGAGAGUAUGACACUCUAUCCCGACAUCAAGCCGCUAUACAACGCCAUCUCUCGACCUCUCAGCACAAGUCUGGGGGCUCUGGACGGACCGCUUCGGACUGCUUGCAGUUAUGCACUCCCACGAACUGCGGAAUACCUCCUCACCAGAGGUGCCGACCCCAACACGUAUAGUCCCUUUGGCUAUACCGCUCUUCACAUUACCGUGAUGCGCAAGCUGCCGUGGAGCCGCUUUCGGGACUUUGCCCUGUCUGAUGAGGAGAAGACCUUUCGAGAUGACGAGGCAGCAUAUGCUCGUUCUGAAGCUACUCACUGGCCCAUCAACCUAGAGGCUGAGCAUGCUGACAGAAUGCUUGCCCUUGAGAAGGCUCAAUGGGAAGCCAACGUGGCCCAGACUGUCGAAGUGUUGCUCCGAUUUGGUGCCGACCACGGCCUGAUCACGCAGACUGCCUAUCGCCAUCAGUGCAACCACAAGUGCUGGAAGUCGAUGAGCUGCGCACCUUUGAAGCAACGGCCUCUCCAUCUUGCCGCCGCCGCUUGCCACACAUCAGUCGUGUCGCUUUUGAUGAAGAAAGGCGCAAGCGUUUUCCACAAUGACGAACAAGGAAACCUGCCAAUCGUUCGUGCCAUGGCUCACGACCAAGAAGACAUUGUCUAUAUUCUCUUCACGGCCAUGGAAAAGUGCGCUAGGAGAGACCGCCCUUUCAACCCCGUUGUCUGUACGACAACCAAAAGCACCGCUCUACAUGUGGCCUGCCGGUUCGGCUUUUGGGAUAUGGUGAUCGGCCUCUUGGAGCGCGGUGCCGAUGUCAACGGACUGGAUACCCUGGGCCAGACACCAUUGCAUGAGGUUCUGAGGCAGGAAGCUCACGACUUGGAGGACCGCCUGGUCGAGAUUUUGCACACGCUCGUCAAUUACCGUGCGUACCCCGAUGCCGUUGAUCUCAGUGGCAAGAGGGCGAGAGACCUAGGAGAGAAUCACCGGCUUCCCGGGGUACGCGGCUUGUUUCAGUAUGCUACAUAUGCCAGGGCCGAAUAUGAACGGCUUACUAGAGGUGCAGACACUACUGAAGAGGUCUACGUUCAGCCACCUCCGGACCCAAGCUGGCGGGCGGAGAAGCCUGAGGAGGCACCAGUUUCUAGGAAACGAACUUCUAGAAGAGCUCCUAAAUGGGUCACCAAAGAGAACUUUCCCGCACUCAAUGUCGCGAAGCCGCAGACCAAGACCACAGGUGCUGGCUCGAAAGACGCAAAAACCUCGCCCACUGCCCAACAAGCUACAGAAGCUGUCCAGAAAGCAAAGAGCUGGCUUUUGAGUGCGCAGAAGCCUCAGCUUACUGCUGGAAGUGUCAAUUCGGUAUGGAACGGGCAGAACAUUCUCAAACCGAUGAACAAGGCCGAGGUGAAUAAGACAGUUGGAAAGGUUGAGCCCGAACAGGGCAAGAAGGCGAAGAAGGGAGGUCGCCAGAAGAAAUGGGUCAAGGUGUCGUUGAAUGACUGA